AUGGAGCCAUCGCCGCUCACGCAGGAUUCGCGACCUGACGCCUUCCAGCCCAAGAUCCUUCGCCUCUACGAGACCCUCUUCAAGGAAGAAGAUGACGAGGUCGAGCUGUCUGAUGGAUUCUGGCAGGAGUUCUUCCUCCACCGGCCGGACUACCCAGGCCUCAAGCGCAUCAUAGGAGGCCUGGGUCCAGAUGACAUGCUGCAUCUACAAGCGCAUUCACAACAGCUAUUUCUUCGAGCCAUGCUGCGAGUGAAGCAAGCUAAAGGACCAUCGGACGAGGUAGCUCUCGAUACCUUGACAGUCUUUCUAGGUGCCACAUUGAGCAAGAAGUAUACAAAUCCUAGUUCAGACAUUAUUUCUGUCCUUGCAGGCCUACAUAACGCGGACGCCGUACUGUCAGAUUUUGUUGCGACGCUGGAUUCAGUGAUACGAAAUGGAAGAAACUUGACCUUGCGACGAAAAGCCAUUCGAACCGCGAUCUCGAUUACCGCCUCUGCAUUUUCCACCGGCCUGCCGUCCUACUUCACCCAUCGAGAUCUUUUCCCGUCGCUCAUGAAAUAUGUCCAGGACUGCGAGGAAGACGAUGAUAUCAUUCCGGCCUUUGUUCUCUUAGGCUUGCUCGUCAAUUAUAACAAGUUUGAGUUCCAAAACCCCUAUCGGUUACGUCUGGACGAUUUUGUGAACGACAACAUAAUACGGAAGAUUAUCACUAGCUUUGGAGCAUCCUGUGCCUCAUUGAGAGAUGCAUAUGUGGCGGUUCAGGACGAUAUGCCAGAAGGUUGGACACUGGGUUCCACGUUGAAUUAUAUCGGGCUGGGGGUACUUGCGCCAGCAUCACGGCCCACCACACCCGUACCGGCGCCCGACGAAACGAAGUCGCUGUUCACUGCUUUGCCCGGGCCGAAGGUUGGAGCAUUUCUUCCUACAUACGACUUUGCAAAUGCGAAUAAGUUGUUUUGUUUCAACUUGGUACAGCUUGCCGCACCUGAGAAGGGCGAGGCUUCCCCGUUGAGUUCCUUCCUCUCGCUCACGUCAUACCUCUUCCAGCACGCGCAUCGAUCCAACAGGACAGCGCUGUAUACUUAUCUGAGCCUCGUCAUCCUGCAAAUUUUGGUCGAAGAUCAAACAUUAGUCAAGCGUUUAUGCAGCGAUGAUAGCAAGAUCCCGGUACGGCUCUGUCGGCAACGGCAACCAUAUCUCCCGCUUGUUAAGGGGGAUAGGAUACCUGGAACCAUCAUCCUAGACCUAUUUGUGGAUGGCAUCAACCAUAAUUUACGAAGGAGGCUUGAUGUCGACUUUUACAAUCUAUGCUUAGGCAACCUGCUACGACUCUUGUCCUACCUCAGCAGAGCCAAAGUGCGCAUGGCAUACCAUUGGUCAGAACUGUGGAGAACUCUGUUAUCAUUCUUUCGAUUCCUCACUACCUAUUCCAAUGAUGUUAGAGGCCUCUCGAAGUCAUCUGAGAUGGUCGACACCUUGGUCAACAUACUAGCGUUUUCGCUAUCGAAUGGCGAAAACUUCCUACCAGACCCCGCUUCGUACGACGAUCUGUUCUACAAACUUGUCGAAACCGGAGAAAUUUUGACCAAGUUCCGCGAUGCAUUCAGUCUAUCAAAUAAUGCAUCGAUUCAGACGUUGAUCAGUGUCGCCUCGCACUAUCACGAACUCUUGAGCACCGAGAAGGGUAAAUCGAGGACCAAAAAUCUGAGCCCUCGCGAGGUGAGCACGGUUAUCAAGCAAGGAUAUGAUACGUUGUCUAUCGAAGCAAUCGAGGGACUCGACCGUUGGGACAAGUUCCGAGAGGUGGACCACAAAUCAGCGUUGAAGAAAAUUGCGAGAGUGGUGGUUGAUGACGCCAAAGCCCUGAUUGAUAGAGAAUGA